AGCGGCGGAUGUCGGCCUGCCACCGCCGCGGCGGUGCCACCAGCGAGCGAAAAAAAGCGGCCGACGGCAAAGCGGGCAGCAGCCGCUGCUGUUUCCGGUGUGGUGCUCGUUUGCGUCGCCAUCCGUGUUUGGGAUGAACUUUGCGAUAAGGAAGGUAUCCAGCUGACUAGCGGAGCAUCACAGAAAGGCGAGACUUCCGGCCUCACCGGACGCGCCACGUCACUCUCGGUUUCUGGCCCCGAUGGGCUUGGAAUCCUCCUGUCCCUUUCCAUCCAGUAUACAAGUGCCUGCCAUCCCUGCGCCGUCGGCCGGGGUCUUGUGCGCACCGGCUGUUCGAUGAAUUGCCGUCAUGACGAUGAGGCUUCCUCGUGCUGGUCUCUUCGUCUUUGGGAUCCUUCUGUCAGCGUUCCGGAUGGCCCAUUCGUCAACAGACAAUAAUUUCUCCAAGGUCAGGGCGGUGAACUUGGGGGGCUGGCUGGUAGUGGAGGGGUGGAUCAAGCCCUCCUUGUUUGACGGCAUUCCGAACAGGGACAUGCUUGAUGGCACGCAGGUGCAGCUCAAGUCAGUGGGGCGUCAGAAAUACGUGAGCACGGGUGAUGGUGGUGGCGGCAACGUGACAGUGGAUCGGGAUGCCGCUUCUUCGUGGGAGACCUUCAAGCUGUGGAGAAUUUCAAUGAAUGAAUUUCAGUUCCGCUGCUUCAACGGUCAGUUCUUGACAGCAAGUGAUGGCGACGCCAUCUCAGCGACAGCAGAUUCACCAGGGGACUCGGAAACAUUUUACAUUGAGAGGAACAAUACACUGCUUCAUAUCAAGCUUUUAAAUGGGAGUUAUUUGCAGGUCACAGACAAUAAUCAGCUUACUUCAAAUUACCCUUCCCAACCAGGAUGGGAUGAUGACAUGGCAACAUUUGAUAUGACGAUUGUUGCCAAUAACUUGCAUGGAGACUACCAGCUUGCGAAUGGAUAUGGGCCUGAGCAGGCAAAGUCAGUCUUGACAGAACACCGGAAGAAGUUUGUGAGUGGAAGCGAUUUCUUAUUCAUCGCACAAAAUGGUAUAAAUGCAGUCAGGAUUCCAGUUGGAUGGUGGAUUGCAUAUGAUCCUGAUCCACCUGCUCCAUUUAUUGGUGGCUCCCUGAAUGCCCUCGAUAGAGCAUUCUAUUGGGCACAGAUUUAUGGCUUGAAGUGCAUCAUCGAUCUCCACGCGGCUCCUGGAUCUCAAAAUGGAAUGGAGCACAGUGCUAGCAGAGAUGGUUCAUUAGAUUGGCCUUCGGAAGCUAACAUACAGAAAACAUUAGAUGUCAUUAAUUUUCUUGCUCAAAGAUAUGCAGACAAUCCCUGUCUCCUAGGUAUCGAGCUUUUGAAUGAACCUUCUGCAGCUGGAGUCCCACUAGACACUCUAGUGUCAUAUUACAAAACAGGCUACCAGAUUGUACGAAGUUAUUCAGACACUGCUUAUGUUAUAUUCUGCCAGAGGAUUGGGAAUGCAGAUCCAAUGGAGCUUUACCAGGCUUACCUGGGUGCAACUAACACGGUUGUAGAUUUACAUUACUACAACCUCUUUGAUCCUUAUUUUGAGAAACUGAAUGCAACAGAGAACAUACAGUUCAUUUAUAAGAACAGACUGCCGCAAGUACAGUCCUUGAAUCGUGCAAAUGGACCUCUUGUUUUUAUUGGUACACUUAUGCUAAUUUAUUUACCCCCUGCGUUACAUUAUUCAGGAGAGUGGGUAAAUGAAUGGAAUGUGACGAAUGCUUCACAACUCCAAUAUCAGUUGUUUGGAAAUGCGCAAUUAGAGGUCUAUGGUGAAGCAUCCUUUGGUUGGUCUUAUUGGACAGUGAAGUGCAACAGUGUGCACUGGGACUAUGAAUGGAACAUAAGGAAUAGGUAUCUUAUUGAUGGUUCACCACUCAUAAGCCCAAACUACAUGUUGCUUGUGGCAGGAUGUCUCAUUUACCUUUUGCCUGUAUUGACAUGAUAGGAGAAACGUGCCUACACAAAAGGAAAAGAUAGUCCGAUAGCGCCUCGCUAAUUUUGAGUAAUUUAUUCGUUCAAAAAAGUCUAUGCAAAGAGAUGCUAAAUCUGUGUAGUCCAUUCGUUUCCUAAGUUAUCGGUAUUCUUUUUUUUUCUUUUCUUUUUUGCGAAGCACUUGAACAUCAGGAAAUCGAGGAAAUGCCGCCUUUGCUGAAAGAAGAAAGAAAGAAAAGAAGUUCCACUGACCCUGGACUCUUCCUGCUUAUCUGAAUGUAAAGGAAAACCACUCGCCAAUGAUGUAAAGCGUGGACAAAGAAAGUGAGAACGAGAUUCCACCGUGUCUGUAAGGGGAAAAUGAACCCGAAGUCUGAAUUAUCCCAUCCGCCUUCUGCAGAA